UGCUGCGUUCCCUCAGAGACGGCCUGUCAAUGGAGUCAAACGGUCACGUAAAAUGAGGCCGUAGCACGUCUAAAGAGGAUUUUUACUCAAAGUAGCGCCUCUCCAACAGAUAAGUGUUACCAGAGUUGCGACAACCUCAACGAGAUGAUUUUCAGCUGAAGAGCUAGCUCGAUAGCUGCCGUAUCAACACAAAGGCCUAUGUAGCUAGUUAGCGCCAGUGCCUUAGCUAACUGGCUAGUCGUCCCGCAGCUGCAGUGGAUUGACAGGCGUCGCUUUUUUAAUGUUUUAUCCGUAACGCUGCAAUUUUUUUUUCUCCCAAGAAGACCACGUUUGAGUGUUUUUGUCUUCUUCGCGAUAAUGGCGGAAGAGAAUGCCGUGGCCAUGCAGCAAAAUUUGGACAGGAGCUGCUGGGUGUGCUUCGCCACAGACGAGGACGAUCGCACGGCAGAGUGGGUGCGCCCGUGUCGCUGCCGCGGCUCCACAAAGUGGGUUCACCAGUCGUGCCUGCAGCGCUGGGUCGACGAGAAGCAGCGGGGUAACAGCACGGCGCGCGUGGCUUGCCCACAAUGCAACGCAGAGUACCUAAUCGUCUUUCCCAAACUCGGUCCCGUGGUGUACGUCUUGGAUCUGGCAGACCGGCUCAUCUCCAAGGCCGGACCCUUCGCCGCCGCCGGCAUCAUGGUGGGCUCCAUCUACUGGACGGCCGUCACGUACGGAGCCGUGACCGUCAUGCAGGUGGUGGGCCAUAAGGAGGGCCUGGACGUGAUGGAGCGGGCCGACCCCCUCUUCCUGCUCAUCGGACUUCCCACCAUCCCCGUCAUGCUGAUCCUCGGCAAGAUGAUCCGCUGGGAGGACUACGUCCUGCGGCUGUGGAGGAAAUACUCCAACAAGCUGCAGAUCCUCAACAGCAUCUUCCCAGGGAUUGGCUGCCCCGUCCCGCGGAUCCCGGCGGAGGCCAGCCCCCUGGCGGACCACGUGUCGGCCACGCGCAUCCUCUGCGGCGCGCUGGUGUUUCCCACCAUCGCCACCAUCGUGGGGAAGCUCAUGUUCAGCAGCGUCAACUCCAACCUGCAGAGGACCAUCCUGGGAGGAAUCGCCUUCGUGGCCAUCAAAGGAGCGUUCAAGGUGUACUUCAAGCAGCAGCAGUACCUGAGACAAGCCCACCGCAGGAUCCUCAACUUCCCCGAGCCGGAGGACGCCUGAGAACGCUGGCUGGGACACACGGACUGAAGACCCCCCCCCCCACCCCGCCCGAGCGGAGGGGGCGGGGCCCGCUGGGACACGUCUCAGAAUCAGCAUCACACCCACGCCAAUGAAACUUUUAGUUUGACGAGUCCAGCACACUAACACACACACACACCCUCCCCCCCCCUCCCCCCCAGCGGGAGCAGUGUGACGUCAACAAUCAUCAGUAAUACUAACCUCAGUGUAUUUGACA